AUGGCAGGUCUACUGAAAAAGCCCUUCAAGCUUGCGCUCGUGCAGCUCGCGUCAGGAGGUGAUAAAGCAGCAAAUCUGGCACAUGCCCGCUCAAAAGUUGUCGAGGCCGCAAAGGCGGGCGCCUCCAUGAUCGUCCUCCCUGAAUGCUUCAACUCUCCAUACGGCUGUCAAUAUUUCCCCAAAUAUGCCGAGACCAUCCUACCUUCGCCUCCCUCCGAAGAGAAGUCACCCUCGUGGCAUAUGCUAUCCAAGGUUGCCGCAGAGACCAAGACCUAUCUGAUCGGCGGAAGUAUACCAGAAUUCGUCCCGGAGACGAAGGAAUACUUCAACACCUCCCUUGUCUUCGCGCCCUCAGGAAAACUUCUGGCAACGCAUCGAAAGACACAUUUGUUUGACAUCGAUAUACCAGGAAAGAUCAAGUUUAAGGAAAGUGAUGUCUUAUCCCCUGGAAACAAAGUGACCAUCAUCGAUAUACCGGAAUAUGGUAAGAUUGGACUGGCAAUAUGCUAUGAUGUUCGCUUCCCCGAACUCGCCAUGAUAGCUGCAAGGAAGGAUGCUUUCAUGUUCGUUUAUCCCGGGGCCUUCAACACGACGACGGGUCCCAUGCAUUGGACAUUGCAGGCCCGUGCGAGGGCGAUGGACAACCAGAUCUACGUGGCCAUGUGCAGUCCCGCGAGAGAUAUGGAGGCAACCUAUCACGCCUAUGGGCACUCGAUGAUAGUCAAUCCCAAUGCAGAAGUUUUGGUGGAGGCUCAAGAGUACGAGGAUAUUGUCUAUGCCGAAAUUGAUGGCGCAAAGAUUGAAGAGACGAGAAAAGGCAUCCCGAUCUACACUCAGAGAAGGUUUGAUGUCUAUCCGGACGUGAGUGCUGGAAAAGUUCGAUACGACGAAUGA